AUCAAUAGUGCUUUUGCGCCUUUCACCUCAAGACUCACGAUGGGUAUCUCCCGCUCCUCACGGCACAAGCGCUCCGAGACCGGCGCUCAGCGCGCCCACUACCGCAAAAAAAGAAAAUUCGAGCUCGGCCGUCAAGCUGCUAACACCAAGCUUGGCCCCAAACGUAUUCACUCUGUCCGUGUCCGUGGUGGAAACCUCAAGUAUAGGGCUCUUCGCCUUGAGACGGGAAACUUUGCCUGGGGCUCUGAACAUGUUACCCGCAAAACUCGUCUCAUCGGUGUCGUUUAUAAUGCUUCCAACAACGAGCUUGUCCGAACGAACACUCUCGUGAAGAGUGCAAUCAUCCAAGUCGAUGCUACUCCCUUCCGUCAGUGGUAUGAGACUCACUACGGCCAGCCUGUCACCAAGAAGGGCAAGGCUCAGGCCCCAACUGGUGACGCCGCCGCUGAACCCGUCAAGCUCUCUCACCACGCACAACGCAACCUCGAUGAGAAGAAAAAGGAAGCCAAAAUUGACCCUCUGCUCGAGUCUCAAUUCGCCGCUGGCCGUCUUUAUGCUGCCAUUUCUAGCCGACCCGGUCAGUCUGGUCGUGCUGAUGGUUACAUUCUUGAGGGCAAGGAGUUGGAGCUUAUUUUCUCUGUAUUCAAAACACUUACGGACCAACAAGUCACUGUCGAGCUGAAAAAUGACCUCUCCAUUACCGGUGUCCUGAAAUCUGUGGACCAAUUCCUGAAUAUACGGCUAGAUAAUAUCAAAGUGCUCGAUGAAGCGCGUCAUCCGCAUAUGAUGGCGGUCAAGAACUGUUUUAUUCGGGGAUCAGUAGUCCGCUACGUUCAGCUACCUUCGGAGCAUGUCGAUACGCAACUGUUGGAGGACGCGACCCGACGAGAGUCAAUGGCCACUACCAAACGGUAG